GUUUUAUAUAACCGUACGCCAUCGGGGCUGAGAAAGAAAGGGCUUAAACGCAUAGAUCUUCUUCCAGCCUGGUCGAUAGCAACGAGAGAGAGGAAAUAUCGAUUGUUCUGGGCCAUUGUCGUUGAUCUUUGUUAGAAGUUGAUGUUUUGUGCGGUGUGUGGUUCUGCGAUCACUGUUUACGGGAGAUAUGAACCAAUGUGCUGGGAUCACCAAACAGGGCCGUAGGUGUCGAAUCAGAGGUACAGGAAGAUACUGCCGAUACCAUGAUCCAAAUGUGAGAGUGAACGAGGUAGCUAAGCAGAGUCGAUUACCCGAUAAGGGGUUUAUCUACGUGUAUACAUUGGAACACUUGCUUGAGAAAUCGCCAAAGAGACAGGAAUGGCUACAGAUCCAGCCUCUGAAUUCGAAGGAGUUUCAACCGUUCAAUCCAAAGAAACAUAUACUGAUCAAGGUUGGAAUGACACGAGGUUCAGUGGAGAAGCGUGUGAGGCAAUGGCAAGUACAAUGUAACCAUAAGAUUGUUAUUGUUGACCCGUACGAACACAUAGGCUCUCAAUCGUUGGUGACAAUGUUCAAGUGCCUCAGUGUGGAGGAAGACUACAACCACUAUAACACCAUCGACAAAGGCUUCAAAUGCUCUCAGAACUUGUUCAAAGUGGAACAGCUCAUCCACAACAAACUGAGGGACCAAUACGGUAGAGGCGAUGUCCAUUGUAAGAGUUGUGAAGACCAAGGACGGUCGGGCCUUCACGUCGAAUGGUUCAAGAUACCUAAAAAGUCAUUGAAGAAGGUUUAUACACUGAUAGAUACAACCAUAGAUCAAUUUACAGCAGAUUAGGGUCCA